CCCGUGCGCCCGGGGCGGCGGAGCUGCUGGCUGCGGCGGGAUGGGCGCGCUCCGGACCGGCGCCCGAGCCUUCCUCCUCCUCCUCCUCGGCUGCCUUCCGUCCCGGCGUGGCCCGCUCAGGCUGGUCUCAGGGAGGGAGGAGAUCAAAUCCCACUCCCGCAGUGCACCCCAGCCCAUGUCACCUUCUGAUUUCCUGGACAAGCUCAUGGGACGAACAUCAGGGUACGAUGCCCGGAUCCGACCCAACUUCAAAGGUCCGCCCGUCAACGUGACGUGCAACAUCUUCAUCAACAGCUUCGGCUCUGUCACCGAGACGACCAUGGAUUACCGUGUGAACGUCUUCCUGCGGCAGCAGUGGAACGACCCCCGGCUGGCUUACCGUGAGUACCCCGACGACUCGCUCGACCUCGACCCCUCCAUGCUCGACUCCAUCUGGAAGCCAGAUUUGUUCUUUGCCAAUGAGAAAGGGGCUAACUUCCACGAGGUCACCACCGACAACAAACUGCUGCGCAUCUUCAAGAAUGGCAACGUGCUCUACAGCAUCAGGCUGACGCUGAUCCUGUCCUGCCCCAUGGAUCUCAAGAACUUCCCCAUGGACAUCCAGACGUGCACGAUGCAGCUGGAGAGUUUUGGCUACACCAUGAACGACCUCAUCUUUGAGUGGCUGGAGGAGCAGGAAGCCGUGCAGGUGGCAGAGGGCUUGACACUGCCGCAGUUCAUCCUCAGGGAUGAGAAGGACCUGGGCUACUGCACCAAGUACUACAACACAGGCAAGUUCACCUGCAUUGAAGUGAAGUUCCACUUGGAGAGGCAGAUGGGCUACUACCUGAUCCAGAUGUACAUCCCCAGCCUGCUCAUCGUCAUCCUCUCCUGGGUCUCCUUCUGGAUCAACAUGGAUGCAGCACCAGCUCGGGUGGGCUUGGGCAUCACCACUGUGCUCACCAUGACUACUCAGAGCGCCGGCUCCCGUGCUUCUCUGCCCAAGGUCUCCUACGUGAAGGCCAUUGACAUCUGGAUGGCUGUCUGUCUGCUCUUUGUCUUUGCUGCUCUGCUGGAAUACGCCGCUGUCAACUUCGUCUCUCGGCAGCACAAGGAGUUCAUGCGCCUGCGGCGGCGGCAGCGGAGGCAGAAGAUGGGCCUGAGCAGCGGGACGGCCAGCCUGGAGUCCCUGGGGCAGUCGAGCAGCCUGCACAGCGGCGAGCACACCUACGCGAUGCUCUCGCAGCUCUCCAGCUCCAGGGUAAAGCACACCCCUCCGGCAGUGCACCCCUGCACCCCUCUUUUCCCCAGAAGGAGCCCCCAGGAGCCCUUCCCACAAGUGAAGGUGCAGGAAGGAGCAGGGCAGGGAUGUGCACGGGGCACGUGGCCAUGGGGACCAGAGGUAGAUUUCACCGGCUCCUUGGAGACACCCUGCUCCGUGCCUCGGUUUCCCCUGAUGUAGAAUGGGGCCAAACGGUGCCCCCUUUGCAGUGGAGUGAACCAUGCUGUGGCGAUGAGCUCCUCAGCUCUGUGCCAGCACCUGGAGCAGGACAGGGGCUCUGCCUACCCUGAUCACCCAGCUCAGUGAUCUCCUCUCCCUGCAGUGGCUCAGCAUGCGUGGGCACUUGGCAGCUGGAGAUGUGGGGAGGAGACACGGCAGGGAGAGGUGGCACAGGGCAGGCUGCCCAGUUUGGGCGGAGAUACUGGGGGACAAGGACAUCCCAACUGUGCAUUUCUGGGGCUGCAGCCCUCUCUGAGCCCCCAUCUUGCUGUGCCCUCAGUGAGCACUCUGCAGCAGGGGAGCGCAGCUCAGCGGCACACGAGAGCACAUUUCAGCAAUUUCAGCCUCUGCUGCUCUCCCCGCUGGGAAAUCUUGCUUAGCCGGCAGAGUGCUGAGUUAAAUAAAGAUCCCCAGCUCUCUGCAUGAGAGCCCCUGGCUGCUGGGUGCCCAUGCAGGGCAGGAUGCAGCUCUUUGCCCAUGCACCUCGGUGGGGAGCGCUCCUUGGAGAGGGCAUGGGGACCUGAAACCCACACUGCUUGUGAGCAUGGAAUGAGGGGGAUGUCCUCAGCUCCAAGUGGGGACGCCCAUGGACACACAUAGAGUGUAAAUGAGUCGGGCCAACGUGACUCCUUAAUGAAACAGCUCACUAAUGAAGCACAGCUGUUGGUGGGGAGGAGCGCAGGCAAUGCUGGCCUGUGGGGAGGCAGCAAGGAGGGUAAGGACAGGGGCUCCAUUGCUUGCCCCUGUCCUUUGUCACCUAGCAAGCAGCCUUGGCUCUUGAGGGGAUUGAGGGUCCCUGAUGGCAGUGAGGCUCCUGCGUCCCUGCACGGUUCUGCCCCAGCAAGCUGUCUGUUCACCAACACAUCCCCACCCUUCAGCAAGCAGCUGCUGCAACAGUGCCUGCACCCCAAUGCUUGCAGCGCCUUGCAGUGCCCUGUACCCCAUAUGUACCCCUAUGUGCUCUGCACUCUUGUGUGCUAUGCACCUCUGUAUGCUAUGCACCCCUACCCAAUCUGCAUCCUCCCAUGCACCCUCACCCCCAUGGGUCCACUUGCCCCCAGUCCACACCAGGCACCCAAGUGGAUGCUGAGGGUUCUGGGGCUGCCCACACAUUCAUUGGGGGCAGUUUAGAGCACAAGGUGUUGGCAGGCAGGUGCUCACCAGACACCCUCGUACCUCAGACUGUGCUCCUCUGGACUUCUGCCUGCAUGCCUCAGAUGUGCAGGAAAAGCACCAAACCUUGCACUGGCACCUACCCAAGCAGACAGCCACGGCUGGCACAUACACAGAGCGUGCAGCACAGCCCCGUGCCCUGCAGGGUGCCCGACUGACAGCA